AUGGAUAAUCUGCGCGUUGAAGAUGUCGAGGCCGACGGGACCGUGGUGUUCAGCUUGUUCCUAGGCCCCGAGUUUCUGCAUGUUGGCGAUAGACCAAUGCACGUCGUUGACGAUAGCGCCGCACUCUGCGCCUGGGUAUUGGGAACUGCGGUGCUUGUGCGAGGCGAGAUUGUGUCCGAGGAUGGGAAAAUCGUCUACGAUGUGGUCGACCAUAAUAAAAUCAAUGUGCGGCUGAAACCUCGCGCUCCUGGCUCCAAACUGUGA